UUCAUAGUUGAGAUUUCGACACCAAAGAAAUUAAGAACUAAUCGCUGAGCUCCAUUAAGAGAACUACAGUUCAUAUAAAGAUGGCCAAGUUAUACAUUUCUAGUGUUUUGCUCGUGAUCGCUGCCUGCGUCUCUAACAUCAACGCUGAUGGAGCUGAGGGUGGUGUAGCCACCACGAUUUCAGCACACCCCUAUGUCGUCUCGCUACAGGGUACCGACGGCUCAAAAGUCUGUGGUGGUGUCUUAAUUGAUACAAAGACGGUUGUCACUGCAGCACAGUGUUUGAAUUUCUACGAUGUAUCACAGCUGGUGGUCGGUGUCAGCAAUGGCGCUAAAGUCGUGAAAAUUGCCAGCAGCACCUUCAAUUCAGGUUUUGAUUUCACCACCAUGGAGAAUGAUGUGGCCCUAGUGAAAUUGGCUGAAGCAGUGAGCGUUGGUACCAUCGCAGUGGCCAGCGAACAACCAACAAAUGGAAUUAGUGGUGUGGUGACCACCUGGGACGCCAGCAACAACUUGGUAGAUAUUGCGGAGACUGUCAUUGGCACCUCGGAAUGUGGUUCAGGUGACUACAGCUACAGUGAAGAUGAAAUCUUAUCCACAAUGUUGUGCGGACUUGCGACUAACGCAAAUGCUUGUGGCGCUUUCCCCGGAAGUCCUUUGAUUGCAAACAAGAAAUUGGUUGGUUUGGUUUCCUGGGGUUAUGGUUGUGGCAACAAGGGUAAUCCAGCUGUCUUCACUGAUAUUCCAUCUUUAGCAUCGUGGAUCUCCAGCUCGGCAAAGUCCUUGUAAUAUGGAGUUACUUUUUUCCAUAUAAAACUUAAUUAAAUAAAAUGAGUUUAUAUCUAA